CCAUUGGUUGUAUGAAAGAUAUGUUCUUUUAAUAAAUUAUUACUCUGUUAUCCAGUUGGUGUAUUGUUGAGUUGGGACGCUUUUUAAAGCAGACACAGAGCUACACUGGUGAAUAGUACGAAGAUAUUUUUCAGACGCAUUACAGGUCAUGGGAUGCGCUUUUGUUCAUGUGGAACAGCGCAUAUAAAAAGCAUCGCCUCGUUCCAGCCAGUGCACCAUGACACCAACCUCCUACCAACCUCCUUUUCCUCCGCGUUAACCUCAGUGGGUAGGAGCUGUACAUACACCCCCGUGUACAAUGAGAGAACAAUGAUAGUGCUUUGGCCAGCUCUCCCGUGAUUUCAUGAUGCAGACUUGGAGAUUUACAUAGUGUUCCUUUAUAAACAGCCAACAGUGUGUUCAUGUGGAGAUGAACAAGAUAAUUGUGACUUCUUGUGGCGAAAACUAAAUUCAAGGAUACCAUCCGUAUGUGUGGUUGAAUGUUUUGUUGGUAAGGUUUGUUGCGGCUUUCUUACUGUUUACCGAUUGAUUGUUGAAACGCACAUCAAUUUUGUUGCAACGUUUAAUUCGCGUAGAAUAUAUAUAACGUUCCGUUCGUCAGAACUGAUGCUAAUUUACGUUGGGAUUCCUAUAAUAACCUUUAGUCUGAUAGAUUAGCUUCCUGAGUUUCGAUCAGCACUUAGGUACUGUUAUCACAGAUGCUGGGGUAUUCUUACUCCCAAAGUGGUUGGACUUAUGACAGAGAAACUUAUUUAGCUUCUGAUAUAUUCUUUUAAACUGUUCUGACCUCUACAGAGAGUCAUAUACAUUCAUAAGAGAGUUUACAACUUCCUUUGGUCCAUUAACUUUAUUAGUAAUGUUUUGGUAUUGAUAUCACUGGAUCACGCGUCUGUCCUGAUUACAUAACUGCUCGCAAUAAUAAAAUUCUGAUUUUAGUCUUCUUUUCAUGCAAAGAGAUGAUGGUGUACAGUUAUAAACUACACAAAAAAAACCUUCACAUUCAAAGCGACUCCUCUGUACAAGAUUGAAACCAAAGGAUACUUCUACACAGCCUUUGUUAGCGCUAAUAUCUCCUAAAUAAUGGGUAACUGUCACAGACGUGUGUUUCAGAAGGAACCUUGCCCCUAUGAACAGAUAUGUUGCUCAAGAGCUAAAUAUUUAGAUGCAGCUUUUGAUCCUGUGCAUGCCGACGUGAAUCUCACGGAAUUGGAUCGACAAGCGGAGAAGGUUAAACCUCAGCAGUAUGAAUUCUCCUUUGAGAAUAUCGUGCUGGAAGGAGGGGGAAACAAGGGCUUGGCGUACUGUGGAGCAAUAAGGGUGUUGGAAGAAGUGGGGAUAUGGUCUCAGGUGAAGCGGAUAGCUGGCACCAGUUGUGGAGCUAUGACGGCCACUCUUCUCGCCGUGGGUUACAAUUCUCACGAGAUCCAGACAUUCCUCAGUCAGGACCUGUCCAGUGUAUUCCUAGAUCACGUGUGUGGGGCGUGCAGUAUACCACUCAACGUCAAACUGGGCUAUGGCUGGAAUCCAGGGAGAAAAAUUCUCCAAUGGUUCAAGAAAAAAAUAAAAAAUAAAACUAAAAAUGAAGAUAUAACUUUUAAAAUGCUGUACGAGUCGAAGGAGACGACGUUUAUCAAGGAGCUCUGCAUUAUCGUCACCAACAUCAACGAGAUGUCGGCCGAAUACUGCCACGUGAAGACCUUCCCACACAUGAAAAUUGUAGAAGCAGUGCGCAUGUCCAUGUCUCUGCCAGGGGUCUACCAGGCUUUCCAGUACAAGCACAACGGUAUAGUUGACAUCAAGGUUGACGGUGGAAUUUUAUGCAACUACCCUAUACAUUGCUUCGACGGCUGGUGGCUAUCCAUGGAGGAAGGUAAUAGUUUUAUGGAACGACUACACCCGCUCAAAGAGCUGCCGGAUUUUUACCAGCAUAGCAAAAGAUUCGGAGAGUUUGAUAAUAAAACUCUAGGCUUUGUCUUGUUUUCCGAACAUGAACAAGAUGUUUUCCGUUUUGAACUUGAGAAAAGAUUCUACAUGCCUCUUGAAGAUCUAUCAGGAACUGUUUUAUCCGAUAAAUAUCAUAAAAAAAAGGAAGAAGCAAGACGAGCAGAGAACGAACAUGGAAAACUGGUUAAAGCAGUAGAACACUUUCUUCAAUCAGUACGAAAACACAACAGUGAUGAAGAUCGAAGCACGAUAGUGAAAACCGAACUUAUCAAUGCACUGGACGACAAAGAAGCUUUCCCCACGUCAGAUAGACAGUUAAUAUUCGGUGACGUCGACAAUGGCCUUAUUAUGCAAUACUUAGACCUGAAUGAUGACGGAAAGAUUGACUACCAUGAACUGGUGGCGUUUGUAGAGGAGGCUGGGGUGCAGAUUCGAUCCCGAGUCCUGGGGUACCAGAGAAAGGAUGUGAACGGAGUAUUGGAUUUUAUGUCAAGCUUGAUUUCUACAGUAAUUGCUAACGCGAAGAAGGCAGGCUUUAAGAAAUCUGACCUUGUUCGUACGGUGGCCAUCAACACUGGUCAUGUCUGCACGUUUGAUUUCGUGUUAGAGGAUGAAGACAGAGCGUUUGUUGUAGAAAGAGGCAGACAAGCUACGUUAACCUUCUUGAAGUACUACGUUGUAAAUAAUAAACUGCCAAAGAAAACAUCACGAGAUCGUCCAACAACAAAUACUCGACUAUAGGGAAACUUGUGUUCAGAGUCUUACCUGGCGGAGAAAGCAGUUGUCUCUCCCUUAGAAAAAAAAUACCAAGGGUUUCCUUUUUGUAAUCUAUUUGGAGAAGAGCUUAUAUUUUUCUACGCUGGAUCUGUUUCUGGGGUGGGUUUUUUUUGGUUGUUGGUAUUUUUUAAACAAUGCAUCCAGGUAUUUUAGGCCAGAUACGGUCUUGGAGUCUUAUUCAAAAGCUAACUUAAUAUCUUUUAAGCAACAUCGAAUUGUCUUUUGCACUGCACUGCGAGAUCUUAAAGGUUGCUAGAGUUUAGGGAAUAAGGCCCCUGGUGUUUAGCAGUCACCUGGCGAAGUCAUCAGAGGUGUGUCCACGGUAGUCAUGCUUGGAACAGUUUCCUGAUGGAAGUAAGCCAAAAAUGUCUCAUACCCAUACCCACGCAGUCACUAAUGGCAGAACCAAAAGGUGGAAUUUCAGACAGUUGGUCAGUGUGGAAUGUAUUGGUCGGGCAGAAUAAGGGUUAUAUCUUGAACUAGGGUACAUACAAUGUUUUAUGGUGGUGUUUAUGUCAUUUAGGGUUUCCUGAUGGUUACAUGGUGUUGGAAUAUAGUAAGGCUGCCUCUUAAACCAUGUUGCCAGUUAAACUGGGUGGCUCUACAUUCGUGUGUUCACAUAUUUACUAAACCUGUCAAGUACAUCAGGACCUGCUGUGAAGGACAUCCGGGAGAAAGAACUACUUGUCCAUGAAGGACACUCUAGAUAUUCUCUUUGUCUUGCGUGUACAACUGCGUGUAUUUAUUUCUGUUAUAAAGAGAACAUUCACUACAUAAAGCAGUUGUUUGGCUUGUUUGACUGUGUGUUGAGAUUUCAAGAUGAUGAAUAAAUUAACGAAAAGAA